UGCAACAUUUAUUGGAUGCCAACCGCCGUUAAACUUAAUCGAAGAAGAAGAAUAGUAGUCUUGAAUACGACCAUAUCAAAGUCGCACAUGAAUGACGUCCAAUUAAAGCGUCCAAGCUGUCGUUCUUUUGUGUUAGAAAUGAAUAUGUCUUCGUUCCGUUAGCUAAUUGGGUAAAACUUUUGUAGUGGUUAUGUGAAUAUGGACUGGCUCAGUACUUAGCCAAAUGUCGAUGGACUGUAAUUACAUACAAAAAUGAACAAAGGGUGGCUGGAACUCGAGAGUGACCCGGGGCUAUUCACGCUCUUGGUGGAGGAUUUUGGCGUGAAGGGGGUUCAGGUGGAGGAGAUAUACGACCUACAAAGCAAGUGUCCAAGUCCUGUCUAUGGCUUCAUCUUCCUGUUCAAGUGGAUUGAGGAGCGAAGGUCUAGGAGGAAAGUCUCCACCUUGAUGGAUGAGACCUCUGUCAUUGAUGAUGACAUUGUUAAUGACAUGUUCUUUGCCCACCAGCUGAUCCCCAACUCCUGUGCCACCCAUGCACUUCUGAGCGUGCUCCUGAACUGUAGUGGGGUUGAGUUGGGCACUACCCUCAGUCGCAUGAAGACCUUCACUAAAGGCUUCGGUCCAGAGAGUAAAGGCUACGCCAUUGGAAAUGCCCCAGAGCUGGCCAAAGCACAUAACAGCCAUGCCAGACCGGAGCCCAGGCACCUGCCGGAGAAGCAGAAUGGGAUUAGUGCCGUACGGACCAUGGAAGCGUUCCACUUUGUCAGCUACGUGCCCAUCAAAGACCGACUGUUUGAGUUAGACGGCCUCAAGGCAUACCCCAUUGACCACGGGCCAUGGGGAGAGGAGGAGGAGUGGACGGAUAAGGCUCGACGGGUCAUCAUGGAGAGGAUUGGCUUGGCCACAGCUGGAGAGCCAUACCAUGAUAUCCGCUUCAACCUGAUGGCAGUGGUACCUGACCGCAGGGUGAAGUAUGAGUCCAAACUAGAGAUCCUCAAGAGGAACAGACAGAUGGUUCUGGAGGGAUUACAGCAGGUCAGGAAACCCACACAGAAGAGCCAAUUGAUACACCCCAGUGAGAAAGUGUGGGUGGGUGUGUGUGCAUCUCAUCAGCUGAUCCGGGUCACCCAGCCAGAGCUCGUCCAGGACAGAAAGCAGCAGGACUCCUCCCCCUCAGAGGACACCCCCCCUGCUAUCAAAAAAGAAGAGGCAGAGCCUCAACCUGUUACAUCACAGGGGGCUGAGCAGACUCCUCCCACAGCAGCCCAGUCCCAGUCGACACCCAGCCCCUCAGGCAAGGGGAAGGCCAUGGGGAAACCAACCGCCCCAGCGGGGGGAGGGGGAGCCACGCAGCCUGUCAACAGCCCCACACUAAUCGUCCCGCGCCUGCCCGCCUUCCUGGACAACCACAACUACGCCAAGUCCCCCAUGCAGGAGGAAGAGGACCUUGCGGCAGGGGUGACGGGGGUAGGUCGUCCCCGGGUGCCUGGCGCAAACCAGCCCCCCUUCUCUGACGAUGACGAUGAGGAGGAAGAAACUGGCACAGCAGCAGGCACACCCACCAGGUUCAGGCGGAAGGCGGGCCUGCGUUCACGUACGGGCCGUGUAGGUGGCGGUGGCGUGGAGACCAAGCUGGCGCUGAGUGUCCUGGCCGAGAAACUCAAGAAGGAAGUCCAGAGGAAGGAUGCUCUGGCCACGCCCCUCUCGGUCCGCACCGAGGGCCGCACGGGGGGCAUCGUGAUCACCGCCACCUCGCAGCCUUCGCCCACGCCAAGCAACGAGAGCACCGACACCGCCUCGGAGAUGGGCAGCGCCUUCAACUCGCCACUGCGCUCCCCGGCUCGCUCCCAGGCGGCCACACGGCCCUCCAGCCCCGUGGCGUCCCACCUGUCCCGGGUGCUGUUCGGGGAGGAUGAGGGUCUGCUGAGGCUGGAUGCCAGGCACAACCGGGCUGUUAGAGAGCUAGGGCCCUCCGUCAGCACCGCCCUGCUGCACCUACAGGAGGAUGGUGUUAUAUAUGCUGUACCGCCACCCGUGUCGAACUGCAUGUAACUGUGUUGACAGUCAUUGGUCUACAAUUCAGUUUGCAUGCCGAACAACCCCAGGCCAUAUCGGUAGCCUAGUCAAACUGCACACUGUGCCCAGCUUCACGCGCUGACCAACGUGAGGUAGGCAACCUGUUCCUGAUCUUGCAUGAUAUUAGGCUAUAUUGAGUGACAACCUAUAUAAUUUGCUAGGUUAUAGUUAUCUAUGCACUGUUAAAUUGUGUUUUACCAGAAUAGAAGUAAGCUACAGGAGAGACAACUCUCAUUGGCUGUCCCUGCUGGCAAUAGAUUUUAUUUUGAUUUGUUCACCAUCGCCAAUAGUUUUGGUAGUUUAGCUUUAAACGGUGUACACUGAGUAUACCAAACAUUAGGAACACCUUCCUAAUAUUGAGUUGAACCCCCCCUUUUGCCCUCAGAACAGACUCAAUUCGUUGGGGCAUGGACUCUUCAAGGUGUCGAAAGCGUUUGACAGGGAUGCUGACCCAUGUUUACUCCAAUGCUUCCCACAGUUGUGUCAAGUUGGCUGGAUGUCCUUUGCGGGGGUGAAAUCUAAAGUGUGCUAUGUAAUAGCUAAUUUGGAAACAAUAAAUAUUGAUGCAUUGCUAGCUCAAACACUUAAUCUGCAAAAAUGACAAGUUAAUUAGUGGGUGAUGAUUUCAGAAUCAAAGUGGUGCGACACAAAACUGGCUACAUUGUCCCCCCCCCAAACUGGUAGUGGGGUGGUAGCUAGUCUCCCUUAUAGCUCAGGUGCCUACAUAGUACCUACACCAUAGACAUAUGUAAUUUACACACACACACACACAGCCCUCUCAGACAGAUCCAGCUCAGAGAGCCCCAACUCAUGAGCUCUAUCAGCAGCAGAUUUGAAUUUAGAAUGGAAAAUGAAUGUGUUUAUGCAACAAAUGUUAGUGGAUCAAAGCGAAUCCCAUCGAUUCGCUCUCAAAUCAAACCGAAUCGCACUAAAACGUCUCGUUCAUGAAUCCUAUCGGAGCCCAUGUACAGUUGAAGUCGGAAGUUUACAUACUCUCAGGUUGGAGUCAUUAAAACUCGUUUUUCAACCACUCCACACAUUUCUUGUUAACAAACUAUAGUUUUGGCAAGUCGGUUAGGACAUCUACUUUGUGCAUGACACAAUUUUUUCCAACAGUUUUAAUUCACUGUAUUACAAUUCCAGUGGGUCAGAAGUUUACAUACACUAAGUUGACUGUGCCUUUAAACAGCUUGGAAUAUUCCAGAAAAUUAUGGCUUUAGAAGCUUCUGAUAGGCUAAUUGACAUAAUUAGAUUCAAUUGGAGGUGUACCUGUGGAUGUAUUUCAAAGCCUACUUUCAAACUCAGUGCCUCUUUGUUUGACAUCAUGGGAAAAUGAAAUGAAGUCCGGUUCAUCCUUGGGAGCAAUUUCCAAACGCCUGAAGGUACCACGUUCAUCUGUACAAACAAUAGUACGCAAGUAUAAACACCAUGGGACCACGCAGCCAUCAUAACGCUCAGGAAGGAGACGUGUUCUGUCUCCUAGAGAUGAACAUACUCGAAGUUUAAAUCAAUCCCAGAACAACAGCAAAGGACCUUGUGAAGAUGCUGGAGGAAACCGGUAUAAAAGUAUAUAUCCACAGUAAAACGAGUCCUAUAUUGACAUAACCUGAAAGGCCGCUCAGCAAGGAAGAAGCCACUACUACAAAACCGCCAUAAAAAGCCAGACUACGGUUUGCAACUGCACAUGGGGACAAAGAUCGUACUUUUUGGAGAAAUAUCCUCUGGUCUGAUGCAACAAAAAUAGAACUGUUUGGCCAUAAUGACCAUCGUUAUGUUUGGAGGAAAUAGGGGGAGGCUUGCAAGCCGAAGAACACCAUCCCAACCGUGAAGCACGGGGGUGGCAGCAUCAGGUUGUGGGGGUGCUUUGCUGCAGGAGAAACUGGUGCACUUAAAAAAAUAGAUGGCAUCAUGAGGCAGGAAAAUUAUUUGGAUAUAUUGAAGCAACAUUUCAAGACAUCAGUCAGGAAGUUAAAGCUUGGUUGCAAAUGGGUCUUCCAAAUGGACAAUGACCGCAAGCAUACUUCCAAAGUUGUGGCAAAAUGGCUUAAGGACAACAAAGUCAAGGUAUUGGAGUAGCCAUCACAAAGCCCUGACCUCAAUCCCAUAGAAAAAUUGUGGGCAGAACUGAAAAAGCGUGUGCGAGCAAGGAGGCCUUACAAACCUGACUCAGUUACACCAGCAACAUUUUGGAAUGAACCAAAAUUCACCCAACUUAUUGUGGGAAGCUUGUGGAAGGCUACCCAAAAUGUUUGACCCAAGUUAAACAAUUUAAAGGCAACGCUACCAAAUACUAAUUGAAUGUAUGUAAACUUAUGACCCACUGGGAAUGUGAUGAAAGAAAUACAAGCUGAAAUAAAUCCUUCUCUCUACUAUUA